AUGUGUCCUCCGACCUGGCAAUGUGCUGUCCAGCGUGCCAAUCAAGGAACAUGUGUUGCUCAAGGCCUUCUGGAACCUCUGAUAUGUCCUGGAGUCACUAAUGUGCUCAANGGUUCAUAUUGCCCACCUGGCGGCAAAACACGUAUACCAUGCGAUGCUGGCACUUUCUGUCCUCAAGGUAGUUUUGAGCCCAUCAAAUGUGACACAGGUGCAUACUGCCCAUGGGCGAGCGCUCAUCAGAUUCCCCUCUUGCCUCUUUACGUUGUCAUCGCUAUCGAUUGCGUCCUAUUCUCUUUACUGGUCGCUGGGCUAGCUUAUUCAAAGUGGCGGAAGCGUAACAAACCAAAUUAUUCCAGAGUCGACAUGAAAGUCACAGGAGACGAUCGAGAGGCACUGCGAGGUCUGGACAUGUCACCUCGCUAUUCGGUCACGAUAGCCGAAGUUUCACCUCUACAUAUUUCACCAGCUUCCCCCACUUCACAAGAACCCAAGACUAGAGGCAGAUCCAUCUCUGAUAUCUCUGACGAUGCCGACACUGAGGAUUGCUCUCAAGAGCCCGCCAUGCAGAAGUUUCUGAUCUAUCUCUCUCGCGUCAUACAUACAAAGGAGCUCGGCUUAUCUUUCGACUUCGAGGGAUUGUCUUUCAAGACUCGUCAAAACUUGGAAAUUCUUCACAACAUCACUGGCUCAAUUCCCAGAGGUACCAUGACCGGCAUCAUGGGUGGCUCAGGUGCAGGCAAAUCGACGCUCGUAAGGGCACCGAUACGAGGCAAGUCGAGCGCAGGCACACUCAAAAUUAACGGAAUCAUCAAAGACAUGAAGAAGUAUAAGAAGCUGGUCGGUAUGGUCUCCCAAGACGAUAUCGUCCUCCCAGAACUUACAGUUCGGGAGAACAUCUUGCACUCUGCACGAAUGAGACUGCCCUCAUCAUGGAAUGACAGAGCCAUUCAAGAUUAUGUGGACUCCCUGAUUGCUUGCCUUUCCCUUACACAUGUCCAGAACUCGCUAGUUGGCGAUGUCCGGAAGCCAAUCAUAUCGGGAGGCCAGCGCAAGCGUGCGAGUGUAGGUAUAGAACUCGCGGCCGCGCCGCAAGCCUUGUACCUAGAUGAGCCAACCAGUGGAUUGGAUGCGACUUCAGCAGCUUCGAUCAUGCGACUUCUGAAGGCCAUAUCGCGACUUGGUGUCACCGUAAUCGCGAUUAUUCACCAGCCUCGUGAGGAUAUCUUUGUGGACUUUGACCAGCUAUUAUUGCUUGCCAACGGAAGUCAAAUCUACGCGGGCGCUACCCAAGAUGUGGUACCCUAUUUUGAAGAUCUUGGCUACCAGUUUCCGCUACGCAGCAACCCGGCAGACAUAAUUAUGGAUAUCAUAACCGGUAACGGACGUCAAUACUCGUCCGACUCUAAGAAGUUUGGUGGAGACACUAAUCUUCUCAUCAGAUUCUGGUACGAGAGCGGUCAAUUCGUAGAGUCGAACAAGCGAACGUCAUUUGCCUUAGGCGAUUCAGGAGACACAAGGUUGUCAAUGAAUUCUAUGCGAUCGACCGCAGAGCACGAUCAAUCGUUACACGAGACCAUGAAAGCCAGAGGGGCUUCGUGGCGUGCUCAAAUGUAUUAUUGUGCCAAACGUGCUUCGCUGCAGCAGGUCCGCAAUCGCACGAGUUUCUUCUUCGAGGUUUUUGUAGCUGCACUCGCCGGACUCGUCAUUGGUCUGUCUGCUUACAGCUCGAACGGUCACCUGUUCAGUGGUAUCUAUCAUCCACCAUUCACUCAGAUGUCCAGCGCUGUUGAUUACAAAUCGGCACCACAGCUCGGUCUGCUAUCUGCCAUGGCUAUUGGAUUGGCCUCAUCCGCACCCGGCGUCUGGGUUUUUGGCGAAGAAGCACUCAUCUUCCAACGCGAGUCUUCAUCCGGCCACAGCAAGAGCGCCUACUAUAUCGGAAAAGUAAUAAGCACGUUCCCUCGCAUCACCAUUGCUGCGCUGCACUAUACAGUCAUGAUCGGCGUUUUGGCAACCCCAUUGAUGAGUUUUCAAGACAUGUACGCUGCGAACCUGGUAUACUUCUAUUCCAUCUAUGGUUUGAGCAGUGUGGUCUCUACGUUGGUAAAGAGGGAAGACGGUCCUUUGUUGGCUGUACUACUCAGUCUGAUUCUUGGUGUACUGGGCGGUGUCGCGCCUCCGUUGUCCAAGGUCAAGGAGUGGCACAUGGAAUGGUUUUGGAGGUUGAGUCCUGGCGUGUGGUUUACUGAAGCCUAUUGGACAAAGAUGGUGAGUCCGAGGGCCUUCUUGUGGGACGUAGAUCUUGCGACUCAGACCAUAGGUUUCACGUUGGGUGAGUUCGGCAAAGAUCUGGCUCUGGUUCUUGUCAUUGGUACAGCGUACCGAGUGCUAGCUUAUGCGCUCUUGAUACUGUUAAGAAAGAGACAGAGAUGA